AUGGCCCCUCCAACGAUCUAUGAGGCUUUCUGGCGACCACUGGAUGAUCUCCCCUCCACCACAGUUGCGAAUGAUUACAGAUCUAUUUCGGCAAGUGCACAUUCAACAGUGGCAGAAGAUCCUCCAAGCGCUUGUGUGACAGAACACCCAAGCGUUCUUAUCGACUAUGCCCGCAGCCGACUCCUCGCUCAUGCUCCAAAUAGCGGCUGCUUAGCGGAACGCAUGCCUCAAGUUGAACCCGGCCACCUUCUUUAUACGGAAGCUGACGUACUUCUCAAUGUUGUUGCAAAUCGACUUCUCAACACUGGCAGCCUUGAUUGUAGGGGCGAAUUGGCUUCAGGGGGUGGCUGCCGAACCAAUGUGAGAUGGGUGUAUCGCAAUGGCAGUCAGACCACGAACAUUGCGGUUCUUGAAGUGAAAAAUACGAAGGUCUUGCAUUUGAACGAUUUUCAUCAGGCAUUGACGAACCAACAAAAUGCACGCGCAAAAGCGGGAUGCUGCCCAGGGCCAGGAAAACCGCACCCACUUUAA